GUGUGAUGUGUUGUUAAUUGUGUCUUGUCGGAAAACACGCUGUUUUUAAAUUUCAUUUGUGAAAAAUAUGUAAAUAUGGAUCAAAAAGCUAUUUACAAGUUUUGUAAGGGCCUUGGCUGUUGUGUUGCGUGUUGCCUUCGAUACAUUGGAAUAAAGAACCCAAAUGCGUAUGAGGAUCCAAAAACUUUUGUACAGAGGUUUUAUGACAAAAUUGGACCAGAUUCGAAUGAAAUAAAAAAUGACUGUGAAUCUACAUCAAAGAGUGAGGAAAAUGCCAUAAAAAUUAAUACAAAUACAGAAACUAGCAAUGAGAUUAAGGAUAGUUCAAUGGAUGGUCCAGACAGUGUAAAUAUUACAAUAAAUAAUCUAAAUAGUGGAGCAUGUAGCAAUGGUGGGACGUCACCGCCACAUAAGAAACGGAAAAUAAAUAUUUGUGUCAGCUGCUUAGGAAUCUUGCAAGAGGAUAACUGGCAGCACAGCUUUGAGAUCGUCAAAGAUCUGUUGGAUAAGAAAGGAUAUGAAUGUACAUCGUAUGCCUGUGCGUUGUCAGCACCGAUCGCUACUUUGCUUCGAGAAAAAAUAAUUACUUUACACAUAGUCGACGAGUUUCCUCAGUAUGAUCCGAAAGUCCUGACCCCACUAAAGGAAGCUUGGAAGUGGUCGUACGGUGUGAAGCUCGGGACGUACGUCAACAAAACGUUGGACUCCGGUGCUAUCUCCCCGUUACUCGUCACUGUGAAUAUGGAUUACAUAGAUGAUCUACAGGAAUUAGAAAUAUUGAAAACGGUGUCACCACAACUUUUUGAAGAGCGUCGGAAACAGAAGAGACGAUUUGUAACAGAGUUUACAAGACCGUCUGUUGAACAGGCGUUAGAAAACGCAACUCUAUGGUCCCUAAAGGGCGCGGGGGCCCGCUUAGAAGAAGUCAGUGCCAAAGCUACUUGUGUGGGCGUCGGGGCCACACAUACACCUCUCUACCUCGCCGGCAGAUACGUGAAACUGAGCCGCAGCCUGCCGCAGUCGCCCUGGCUCCUGGACGGCCAGAGGGUCCUACCGUCGUCCGUCCAGGAGAUAAUAUUCGCCCCGCUCGCUAAACUUUACAGAUGGAAGGCUGCGGAUACAGAGCAUCAUCUGAAGUUAAUAAGUGCGGGGCGAGAGGACGUGGACGUGCGCUGCCUCGGGGACGGCAGGCCCUUCGCUGUGGAGAUAACCGACCCGAUCCGUCAGCUGACAGACGCAGAGCUGAAGCAGGCCUGCGAUGAGAUAUCCAGCAGUGGACAAGUUAUUGUGAAGCAAAUUGUUCCUAUUACGAGAGAAGACCUGGUCCAGUUGAAGAAAGGUGAAGAAACGAAGAGUAAGACGUACGAAGCGCUCUGCAUCAAGCUGGCACAUUCGAAAUAUGACCAAACCGACCACACUGGUCCAGUCCGAGUGACUCCAGAAGACAUCGAUCGUAUCAACACUUACACAAACACAGACACGGACGUCAGGAUCUCCAUAACUCAGAAGACCCCGAUCAGGGUUCUCCAUAGAAGACCAUUGCUCACCAGGACAAGGGAUAUCCUGGAGCUGACCGCUGAAAUUAUACCGGACCAUCCCCAGCUGUUCCUCGUCCGUGUCCGAACAUCAGCAGGCACAUACGUCAAGGAGUGGGUGCACGGCGAACUAAGGAGGUCAGCUCCGUCCCUUAGAGACAUCCUGGCGACAUCCACCGAUCUACUGGCACUGGACGUGGUGGCUGUACACCUGGCCUGGCCUCCUGCUCCUCCCACAUAAGCCUCAUCUACUGCCUCCACCCACACCAUCAGGGCCAUGCUAACUUCAGCCUCACCCGCUGUCCUCCCCCCUCCACAUCCUCAGCCUCGUCUACAGCCUCUCCCUAUAUUGGAGACAUACUAGCUGCCUGACGUCUUCAGCCUACCCUGAUAUCCCCGCACAUCAGCGUACCUUGAGCCCCUUGUACACUGAUGCUGACGCGAUGAGGAGCCAUUGAUAUCGAGCUGUUAACCAGAUCGUCUGGAACUGUAACCUCGGGCACUAACGCAGAUUUUAUUCUAUCAAAGAACGAAGGUUGAUAUUUUGUAAAUAUUUAAAUAAAAUUAUUUGAAUUUGAA